CUAUAAAUGGUCUAUUGGCGUGCGAGCUGUGGACGAAACUACAGCAUUCAGCGCGAGCCGGAGUCAGCUGUCAGUCACGCUGACGUCAUGUGUGUUUGAGUCGCAGCUCGGCGCGCAGGCUUGUUGUAGCGGGACGGACGCAGGAGGCGAGACCCCCGAUGCCGAGGGGUCUCGAGCGCGCGCCGACGAGCCAAGUGUCACUCCGAUCAGUCCUAAAAUGGGGUGGAUCUUAAAUCAUAACUGCGCGAUGGAGAUGUGAGAGCUCAUAUAGCCUGCUUACUGUAUCAUCCGCGAAUUCAGAGAGUCGCGUCUUAGUGUUAAUUUCUUCCUCUUUCACAUCUACACCAUUGAGCACCGAGCGGUGAGACUGCCUCGAGCUGCGAGGCUGCUAGGCGGAGGCAAACCGAGCUAUUUGUUGCUCGUUAUAAUAAUCACGAACAAGAUGAAACGGCGGAAAACGAUGUUGGCGGCAGCGUUUUGCUUCUCCUUUUGUUUCGGUACACUCAUGAACGUGCUCUUCGUGCCCGGGUUCGAGCCGCACCAGAGCCACGACGCGGCACGACAGCGUUCUUUCAUAGCAACUCAGUCGUCUCGGCUUCACAUCAGCGACGACUUUGCGCCUGGAACCGCGUCGGUUCCGGAGUCCAUUACCACUGCGGCGCUCAGCGAGCUUCGCUUACAGAUACGAGGGAGACUCGGAGAGGUGCUUCGGUACCAAAGUGUGGUCGAAGACGCCGCCGCACGACCUAUUGAACGCAGACGGCUGAUGGAUCUCGAGCGGGCGAACAGCUGGAAUCGGUACAGAGCAGCGGAGGACGACCACGCACGCGGUACUAGAGCCACGCGACGGGCUGCUGCAGGCGGGUCAGGCGGAGCGCUCGGGUGCGGGGACCUGGAGAGAGCCAACAGUGUGCAGUUUGUAGGCUCGGGCUACACCAAAGCAGUGUAUCGAGCAGAGCUGAACUCCAGCUUCUCUGUGGCUCUCAAAUCCGUGGACCUCAGCGGUCACGACAUGGAAAGCUGCGUGAAAAGAUACAGUUCAACUGAGGACUGUUACCGACUCGCUUCAUUCAAGAUCAUCAAAGAGAUGACACUGAUGGAGAGACUGCAACAUCCCAACAUCCUGAAGCUGUAUGGCUACUGCUACCAGGACAGCAAUGAUAUCAAGGACACGGUGACAGCUAUCACGGAGCUUGGCAGCCCUCUAGAGAUGAUCCAGUUGCUGCAGACACCCUGGGAAGAGCGGUUUAGAAUCUGCCUGAGUCUGGCACGUCUACUCCACUACCUGGCUCACUCGCCGCUCGGCUCUCUCACCCUGCUGGACUUCAGACCCAGGCAGUUUGUCUUGGUGGAUGGAGAGCUAAAGGUGACUGACCUGGACGACGCCAGUGUGGAGGACAUGCCAUGCUCAGCCUCUUCACCUACCGACUGCAGCCUACAGUUCCCUGCUCGCAACUUUACUCUCUCAUGCAGCAGCGGCUACUGCCAGGGUAUAAACGAGAAGAGGAAUCUAUACAAUGCUUACAGGUUCUUUUUCACCUACCUGCUUCCUCACAGCGCUCCCUCGGCCUUGAGGCCUUUCCUCGCUACCAUCGUCAACUCCACAGGGGAACUUCUCUGGGACACAGAUGAGACUCUAGCUCACCUAGAGAAGGUGUUGGAGAUGUAUAGGAAUGGACAUUACCUUCUAAAUGUCACACAGAGACACAAAACAACAGAAUAUAAACAGCUGGAAGACAUGACCAUACCAGGAGAGAACUACCGCUGCUGGCCAUCCUAUCAGCACGACAGAUGCAUGCUGUCAGUCUACAGCGUCGACGAGGCCAUCGGUGUAUGUGAGAGCCAUGCCCAGUGCAGAGCCUUCAUCAUAACCAAUCAGAGCACUUGGACCGGCCACCAGCUUGUGCUCUUCAAGACGGGUUUUUCCACCAUGGCUCCAGAUAAAGGAAAGCUGAUGUAUAUCAGGCUGGACAGCUGAGAGAGAGAAAGAGGAUGAGGAUGAAGAUGAACUGUGGUCUCAUUGUGUUCUCACAUGGCAAAUGUUAAAAUGAAGGUUGAGACGAGUCUCUCAAUCCAUCCAUUUAUUUUU